CCUCUCUCUCAACGUCAGUCAACAGUCAACUGUUCCGGGAAAAGUUCUGCGCCGCAAGGCACACGCUGAGGCCGAGUUGAUCCAUGGACUGACAGAAGAGCCACAGCGCCACAGCCUUGAGCGUUGUCAACUUCUAAUAGUACUGUAUUACCCAGGAAGCAGCCACUUGUUGUGUGUUCUGCCUAUUCAUAGGAGUUUGUGUUAGAAGGAAGGAAGGUAAUUGUUGAGCAUUGAAGAUAGAUAAGAACAAUGAGGAGACGAAGUGCUAUUAAUAGCGUCGAUGAAUCCUUUCGGACUCGACACAUGAUGCGACCUUCCAUAGCUCGAAUGACUCUGGAUUUGGACUAUGUCGACAUAGGGAUGAAUUCCAGCGUCCACACUGGAACCGGCCGCGUCACAGAUGCGCUCCAACAUCGAUUGGCAGAGUUGCUGGUGUUUGAGAUUCGACAAGACGGAGAAACAGAGUACAACAGUUUGAGUGUUCGCGGGUUGUACCAGUACUGUCUCAAGAGUAUCAAAGUCUCGGCCGAAAAGAGACCAGCGAUCCGAGGCAAUAAGAACGAUCCCAUGUCCAAUGGCACGCUCCACUUUACCAGAUCGAGACUUGGCGGCCACAAAUCCAGGCGGAGGUCGUCGUCUCGGGCCGGCAGAACCGAUGAAUACGACAAAUACGACAAUCUAUCGGACGAUGACAAGGAUUCCGACACCAGCGACGACGAGGACCGAAAUUAUUCUCACAAAAGAUCCCAUAACAAACGAAUCUCUAAUUCCAGCAACACCCCUUCCGAAGGAAAAAAUGUCACCUUUGGACCCGUUCUAACUGACAAUCCCAAAGGAUCCAUGGACAGCAGCAACCAAUCCGACCAGGGUGCAGCGACGCGUCGAAUCUACCCUGGACACGAUGGUCCUGUGACCUAUCGAGAACGAUUGGGAGGUUUCCUCCACCCGCGUGACAUGAGGAGACUCGUCUCACCAUUUUCGGCAUCCAAUGAACCGGAAUUGAUUGUGAGACGACACGUCAUGCUGCUGAAUUUUGAUCCUCUUCGAGCAGUGAUCCUACGUGAUCGACUAUUGGUCUUGGUCCCGGAUGGAGCAGACUCGCUAUUGGUGGACCUCGAAAAGAGGGUGCGAGGAGGUACUCGCGAAGUGGAACGGGCUGUAUUUGGUGAAUCAGGAAUGACACCUACUCCUUCGCAAAUAGACAUUGGAGACUCACAGCACUCGUCGUCCAAUGCAUUGCCGCAGGAGGUAAGGUCCAGUACAGCUAAUAGUACCGGUGGUGGCAGUCUAGCAAGUGGAAUCAUUGAACGAGUCAAGCAAAUGGGUAGAGGCAACAACAACAACAACAACAACAACAACAAUGCUCGCGGAGAAAAGAAUCCAAAAGAACUGGCAACGCAAUUGACGGAUGAUUUCACUGCCGAUACACAGAAGUUUGACGUUAUUUCCGAAUUUCAGGAGUGGGAUGAAAUGGCCGAAUCAAGGGAACUCUCCUUCGAACUGACCUGUGUAGAUGCCGUAUUAGGGAGUGUGGUGACGAUUCUGGGAAAGGAUUCCAACGAGUUACAAAAGAGUUCCAUUCGAGCCAUGGAUGGUCUCCUCCGUCAGUCAUCAGGCGAGCAAGGAGAAGAAAUUCUUCGUCAUAUGAAAAACAGCGUCAAAGAAAUGACAUCCCGAGUCAAAGGAUUCAUUCGGGCCAUGAAUUUGGUGCUCGACGAAACCGAGGAUAUGGCUCUCAUGAACCUUUCCAGACUCCUUUCCCAUCCUGAACGCUUUAUCCAACCAGUCCCCGAGGAGAUACUCAACGAAGAAUCCGACGAACCGGAACUCAUCUUGGAAGCACACCUACAACAUGCCUUUUCGCUUACCAAUUCUCUUGACCUCGUUCGCGGUGAAAUUCAAACAACUCAGGAACUUAUCAAUCAGCGACUGGAUGCGGUGCGGAAUCGCCUUUUGCUCGCGAACAUGCUUAUCAGCAUUGGAUCUCUCGUUGUUGCAUUCGGGUCUUUCAUCGGAUCCGUUUUUGGAAUGAAUGUGAUGAACUCUCUCGAGGACAGUGAUACUGCAUUCAAUACGAUUGUACUGGCGACUUGCCUUUCUAUGGUCGGUUUGGUAUUGCUGUUUGCUUUGAUCCUCUGGGUUGCAGGAACGUUGCCAUCUAUGCGCGCUUACGCCUAACUCACCAUUAAGCCCGGUUGUUUGCUUUUGGUGAUUGGUAUGAAUAACGUUGCCAUUUAUACGGUCUUACACCAAACUAGCUACAACAAGUCCUCUCAUAGGGCAAAGUGCAAGGUUUUCGUUUGCUGAACAUUGAAAAACCUGACAUUGCUACCGACCCAGAGCUCAGAGUUUGUCUGCAGGGGUACCGGUACGGUAUCGUUAUGUUCGAAUAAAUAGUGUGCGUUUCCCGUUGUCCUCAAAGCGGUCCAGUCACCAGCCACAGAACCAUGUCGUAAGUCACUCCGUUAUUCGUCAAGAGGGGUGUAACACGUGCUCUUUGGCUUUUCCCAGGUAGAAAGUGAUGGCUUUGAACUUGUCAUUCAACAUAUUCUGCUCCACCUCCAGAGUCCCAGAGAUUCCAACUUUCAAUGCACUCAACCCCACUUCAAAACCAUUGGUGUUCCGUGGCAAGAAGCAGGCUAUGGCCCCUGUUUUUGGUGGAAGAGCCCUGGCUGCGUGCUCGAUCAAUUGUUCGCCAUCUUGUUCGCCAUUGAAUUGAACGCAUUUCAAGUCAAACUUUUUGGAGCCAAUGGAUUCAUAAUUCACCCCACCCCAAGGUGGGCUCAAGAAUAUGGAUCCGAUGGUCUCAGGAAGUGCGUCGGCGUCACCGAGCCGAUAACCAUGAAUAUCCGUCGUCAAAUCACCGGCUUUAUUGUCGUUUGCUUUGACGAGUUUGCCAUUUAGAUAUUGAGCAAGCACAUCAAAGACAUCUCCACAAAUAAAAAGCAACUUGUCGGGUGGGAUCUCAUAUAUCUUUGCAUUCUGUGCCGCCAAUUUGAGCUUGGAUGGAUCAAGAUCUACGCAAACAACCAGAGAAACCUCCGCCUGCUUUGCAAAGGCAAUGGAGUUCCCUCCAGCUCCACAACAUGGAUCCAGCACAACAAGCCCACCUUCUGAUUUUGCUGCUGUUGAUUUCUCUACCACCUUAUCGGCAAUGUGAUUGGCAAUUUUUUCCGGUGUGACAGAAAACCAGCUUUCUGCGUCCAAUUGAACACCGUGGUCAAAUCGAGAAAACAGGCGGUGCCGUUGAGCCCAAUAUUUGUCAGCCACAACAUGUUUUGGGAAUGGGUUUUUGAUACCAUCGCCACAAUCGCCGUCCGACAAGUUUUGAUAAUUCUGUCUCGCAAACUGUGAUGUAGAGCAGAAAGAAACAGUGGUUGUUAGAAAGCAUUGGCAAGAGUCUGAACCCUGCCACAUUGCAUAUCACCUACCUUUUUUACGUCCUUCUUGAAAGAAGCAUCAAGACGAAUACAAAUGUUUUUCUUCUUUGCCUUCUUCUUCUUCGGAACAUUUUCAUCGGGAUUUGAAGGAAAGGGCGACUCUGAAGUAUCAGAUUCAUCACUCUCAUCCCCGUUCCCUGCCAAGUUGUCCUUUGGAUUUCCUCCUGGAUUCGAAGGGAAGGGCGACUCUUCACAAUGGGAUUUAUCAGUGACAUCCUGGAGCCCAGCUAAGCUUGUUGCUGGAUCUUCUUCAUUUCUCGCGGUUGUCUCCUUUGGAGGUUCAUCAGGAACAGAAUGUGGUGCUGGGUGCUCUUUUAGUUGUUGGCAUGCUUCAUCUUGAUCAUCUUGAGAUGCAGAAUUGAGAGACUGUCCAGCUAUUGUAUCGUUUGUAUUGGUCUCUUUAUCCUUUUGAGACGUGUUGGAAUCAGUGUCUUCCUUGCAUGCAUUCUUCUCUGUGUCUUCUUCGCGGACAGCAGAAGCCUCUUUCACUUUCAGAGACAAAUUCUCUUGGUUUCCAUCAGAGGUAUGGGAUUGAUCGUCUUUGGAUCUUUCCUUUGCCUUGGCGUGGCGAAAGGCGUCUUCGAGAUCGCUCCUUGUGAUGAGCAGUGUCAGACGAGCAUCACUUGGAACAACUCCUUUGGUGUCUCGGCAGUCUUCGAUCCAGUACUUUUCACGACGGGGACGCUUCCAGUACUGUCCUCCGCCUCCUUGCUUGUUGUUGCGCUGCUUGUUCUUCCUCUUCUUCCCCAUGGCAUCACGGCAUGUUUGGUUAUCGAGGAGGAGUGGAAGGGCGAGACGUUUUGCACGAAAACUGAAAGUAUAAACCGGAUGAGCUGAAUGAAUAGAAUAAAAUAUUUUGGAGGACCCCAGGAUCUCUCUAUGCCGUCUCAUUACGGUCCGUACCACCACCCAAAGCUGGUCUUGAUGGUCUAGCUGGUCUUAAUGGUAGGGUAGAUUGCAGAGCCACCAACAUGCAUGGCAGAAUCAUGGCAGCAGAAUCUGCAGGCGAAACCAAAAGAAAACGACCAACACUUGGACAAUUGGUACCUCGUAGCAGGCAGGUAUCAGAGCAGCUACUACUUCCCAUCUGCUUUGUGUCCAUACGGUAUCUAUCUUUGAUCCAUUCUGUCGGUAGCAGUUUACACACUGUUUGGUCAUCUAUACUGUUUAAGUCAACUCUUAGUGCAGCAGCUGUUCAGUUGCUACUGAAACGUUUUGCUAUAACAAAGAACAAACAACACUCCAUCAUGCCCUGCAAUUUGAAUGGUGUGGAAUACAAAUGGGGAUGAUCUCUCAAAAACCUCGCUUAGCAGUGCUGGC